CCCAACAUCUCUGUGUCCUCCUCCAUGUACGGGGUCUCCGGGGCCCAGCAGCAGGGGUUCCAGGUGUUCAGAGGCUCCACCUUCAGCAUCAGUUGCUCCAUCCAGCCUCAGUACCCAGGAGGCUCCUUCCAGCUCAACUUCACCUCCAUCAACUCAGCAAACAACUACUACUCAGAGCCAGCUGUCAAUCACUCUGCCCACUUCCUGUUCCCGGCUGCAGAGCCCGCCCACCAGGGAAACUACAGCUGUGUUUAUCACGUCUCUGCUUUUUCUCAGGACUUCUCCUCUGAGAGCCGUCUGCUCUCCGUCACCGUCACAGGCCACCAGGGGGCGGAGGCCGAGCCGAUAGGAGGACAUUGAGCUGGAUUAUGAUGACCUGGGUGUUCCUGCUGAAGAGGAAGGAGCUCAGGGAGCAGAGUAGCAGCUCCAAGGAGCUCCUCUCACACACAUGGGUUUAUCAGCUCUUAUAGCUUGUAACCAACGUUAGAAAAUAUAGCUUUCACUCUGAAAGUCACCAGCAAUGUGUGAGUGCCUCAUGUUUCCUGACUUCCUGUCAGCUCCAAGCCCAUUGGUUCCCACUGAAGAUGAAGAUCUUUAAAAAUCAUCACAAGUUAGUUUUAUUUAGAAAAGUCAAU